GCCGAGGGCAGAGCCGGGAGCAGAGCCGUAUCCUUGAGCGGCGGGGGCGGCGGCCGUGCGGGACCGCGGCGCGGCGGGCGGCGGCAGCAGGAGGAGGAGCAGGAGCACAGAUCGGGAGGAGGAGCGGCGGGGGCUCCCCCUGCAGCCCGGCCGGGGUCCUGUUCUACACCCACCCCAAUGGUAUCAGAAUGUCUUCUGGACUUCCUGCUGAUGAAAAACAUUAGAAAACAAGACUAGCGUCUGUCAAUGGGGUUCCCUCUCGACUUCUCUCUACACACCUUUCCUUUUGGGGGAGAAGAGGAGAAGAAUAGUAUGAAAAGUGCAAAAUGUUUCAAAUUCCUGUUCAAAAUCUUGAUAAUGUCAGGAAGGCUCGAAAAAAGGUGAAGGACAUUCUUGUGGAUCUUGGGCUUGACAGCUGCAGGGAAUCGUUGAAGAAUCUUCAAAGUUUUGACGCAGGUGAAAGCUACUUUUAUAACACUUCGUGGAGCGAUGUCUCUCUUUGGGAACCUGUGGGUAAAAGGAAAAGAUACAGAACAAAGCCGUACUGCUGUAGCUUAUGCAAGUUCUCAUCAAAAUUGCUUACUUCAUUCAAGAAUCACUUGCAUCGUUACCAUGAGGAUGAAAUGGACCAAGAGAUGGUGGUUUCUUGCCCAAAAUGUGCGUUUUCUUCUCAUCCCAAAGUAGUAGGAAAACACAUCCGGAUGUUUCAUUCAUCUAAUAAAAGAAUACAGAACUAUACAGUCAGCAUUUUGGAUGGCAUGAAACAAUUUAGGACUGACAUCAUAAACUUCACAUGUCUAAAAUGUCAUUUCACAGACACCUUAUAUUACAAUAUGAAGAAGCACGUGCUGAUGAACCAUUUUGAAAACUUAGUAAGUAUAUAUUUUGGUGAGAAACCUGACGACAGUACAGCAAAUUCAGUUGAGUACUACUGUAAAAAGUGUAACGCUUCUGCAAACAGCCCAGAUUCUUUAAUGUAUCAUGUCUUGACAGCUGAAACACACCGAGACCUAGAGAACAAACUUCGGUCUCUGAUUUCAGAACAUAUUAAGAAACCUGGACUAGUGAAAAAAAUGUCUAUUGCUCCAAAGCCUCUCCAAGGUGUGACAGUGGCUGCUCCAUCUGCAGGGCCUGCCGUUGUCCCAGCAGGUUCCGUCACAGCUCCAGCUUGCAUCCAGCUUUCAUUUCCACAGAAUAAUCAAAACCAGAGUGCAGUGCAGCCAAAAGGAGUUCAAAACACAGUUGGAUCACUGACUGUUCCAAGUGCCUCUGGUAGCCUUCCACAUACAACUUCUGCUCCCGUCGUUACGCCGUCACACGUCGCUCUCGUACCCAGCAAUCCUCCUGUAGGUCAGAACAUUAGUAUUCAGCCAUCUCCUUCCCAGCCUAUCAUUGUUUCUCAUGGGCUCCCUCUUAAUCAUUCUGUUGGGACCAUAAAUAGAACUGUGGCCCCUGCAGUUCUUCCUCUUAAUCAACCUGUCAGGCCUGGGCUCUUUCCUGUUAAUCAACCCAUUGGUACUAUAAAUGGUCCAGUUCCAGCUGGAACACUACCUAUUACUCAGCCCGUCGGCCCUGUGAAUCGACCAGUUGUACCAGGAGUCCUCCCAGUGAAUCAACCAGUUCCUCCAGGAGUUCUCUCUGUCAACCAGUCGCUUGGGAACAUGAAUAGACCCAUUGAUCCCAGAGUCUUCCCUGUGGCACAGACGGUUGGGUCAGGUGUUCUCCAACUUAACCAGCCUGUUGCAUCUGGUGUGGUUCCUGUCAGACAGCCCAUUGGACCUGGGUUUCUUCAGCUUAACCAACCUGUUGCCCCAGCAGUUAUCCCAGUAAAUCAGCCAGUUCAACCUCCAGUUUCUCAAAACGCAACUUUUUUGACUGCAGGCUCUAUACUGAGGCAGUUGAUUCCCACUGGAAAACAGGUUAAUGGUAUACCUACGUACACACUAUCCCCAGUUUCAGUUACUUUGCCAGUACCUCCUGGUGGUGGAGUAGCAACUGUUGCACCCCCGCAGGUCCCCAUCCAGCUCAUGCAGUCUGGGUCGGUGGCUCAGCUGUCCCAGUCUCCAGCCGGCGCACCCUCUCCUCCCAUGGUUCUGACCUCUGAGAAUGUGUCCUUACAGGCCUCCCCUCCUGGUCCUGAAACAAGCCAGGCUAUCAGACAGGCCAAGCAGUGGAAGACUUGCCCUGUUUGCAAUGAGCUUUUCCCAUCAAAUGUCUACGAGGUGCACAUGGAGGUGGCCCACAAACCACGCGAAGUAAAAGUAGAAAUCCCGGAACCUGACAAACUUGCAGCUUGCGCACCCUUUCUAAGGAUGACACAAACGGCGAUCAGGUGUUGUGCCUGUAAAUGUUUUCUCUGUGAGGAAGAGCUCAUGAAACAUCUCUUCAUGCAUGGCUUAUCUUGCUUGUUUUGCACAGGUACUUUCUAUGACUUAAAAAGCCUCGUGGAGCACAACAAAACCAGACACAAUGGCAGAAAGCAAUUACAUGCGAAUUACAGCAACAGAGGAUUUCAACUGGUUUACGAUGGUCAGGGUAGCCUGGUGUUUCCACACUUUGAUUUCAAUACAAUGUUACCAAAUGAAGACAUGGGUGAAAGAGAAGUACAUUUGGCAGUUCUUGUUGGAAUAAGUUCAACGAUUCUUGUCCCUGUUUACAUCAAAGUGAAACCUCAGACAGCAGAAGUGAAUAGGAGAUGCACCAGAAAAAUGUUUACCUGUCCCUUUUGCUUAGGUACGUUUGCUGGUAAAGAAACCUAUGAAAAGCAUUUGAAAGAGAGGCAUCAUAUAAUGCCAACUGUACAUACAAUUUUAAAGUCUCCUGCUUUCAAGUGCAUCCACUGUUGUGGUGUGUACACUGGAAAUAUGACUUUAACAGCUAUCGCUGUACAUUUGCUCCGCUGUAGAAGUGCUCCCAAAGACAAAGACACCAACUCAAGCCUGAAGAUGCAGCUUGAGCGUACCGAGAGGAAAGAGCUGCUGUUUGUGAAUGGUGAAAAGCACGUUUCUGUGAUACUGAAAAGAAGGCAGUCGGAUUCCUGCUUUGUUGCAGAAGACCAAAGGAAUAAGGAACAGCAGGCUCUGAGCUUAAGUGCUGGCAUAGCUCUGUCUCCAGAGAAAGAAGUGAAUUCAGGGGUAGUGCCUUUCAAACGACAAAAAAUUAGGACUGAGGUGAGGAAGCUUCCUUCUAGUGAGGAUCUUCGCUUUCUGGCGGUAGAUCCUAAUCAGUAUGAUCACAAUUCGUAUGAGGCGCAAAAACAGUUCUUGUUAGACUAUUUUCACAAGAGGCCAUAUCCUUCUAAAAAAGAGGUGGAAUUACUUUCCUUGCUGCUAUAUGCGUGGAAAAUUGAUGUUGCAUCAUUCUUUGGAAAAAUGAGGAAUAAAUGCUUGAAGGCGAUAAAAAAUCUCCAGCCAUCUGUGCUGCUGGGUUUCAGUAUGUCUGAACUAAAAACUGUUAAGCACAGUUUGAUUUUCAAUGAUGAACCAUUAAAUGAUGAACCAUUAGAUACAUAAACAAGCUUUUUCUAACAGCUAAAAACAAUCCAUAAUUGCAUACUUACCAGUUUAGCAGUUUAUUAUAUUAUUUGUUUUAACUUGCAGACUGACCUGUUGAAGGGUACAGUAGUACAAAAAGUAUCGUUCAGUUGUGACUGUUCUUGUGAAAGGCACACGUAGUUGUGUAUUUGAAAAAGCUAAAACCUUCAGACGUACACAUCUGGAAUUUGUUUUAGCGUUUUACUUUUUCUGGAGUAGUGUUGUGGGGUUUGUUUUUUGGGGUUUUUUUUGUGAAUUUUUUUUUGUUCCACUUCAUUUCCCUUUCUUCCCCUUCAGACUCCCCUUACACUUUUUAUACCACCAUGUAAAACACUUGUCCUGUUAAAAACAAAUUUUAUUUUUCUGCAAUGUCGUCAUCUUCUCUCAAUAAUAAAAUGUGUAAGUUGGUUAAAAUACCGAGGUAAACUAUGUGAAAAACAUGUAUGUGAUUAUUUGUGUUUUUAAGUCCUCCUGAUUCUGAAAAAAUGAUUGCGGCCUUUCCAUUCGUUGCCCCUUCAAAUUCCCAAUGCGCUGGUAGCAAUGGCAAUCUUUUUUUUUCUUUUUUUUUCCUCCUCAAUCAAAAUACCUGUGCCAUUUAAGUCUAGUGACUUGUAGUUUCUUCUGAGUAUUAACGUGGUGAGGAUUGAGGGGCUUGCAGGUGCCUAUUGAAGUGUUAUAAUGAACCGACUUUAAAUGGUUAUUAUCUGUUAAAAAGAUCUUGCUAACAAGAAGUGUUUACUCUUUUUAUUGGUGUUGAAGCCUGGUUGUUUAAAUACCUAUUGUUCUAGGCUUGGUAGCAGCAUUUGUUUUAUUUUCUUUUUCAAAAAGAAGAGCUGCUUUGGAGAGUGUCAGGUUGCUUUGAUACAUGGAGUAUAUGACUUCUGUGCACACCACUUACCUGUAGAAACCCUAUCCAAAUAUCACCAAAAUUUGGUGAAAAAUCUGACUUUUAUUUUGAAUUACUGUUUUAUGAGGUAGGAACUGAGCAGAGCCUCUUCCCCAGCAAAUUAGAUCCCUGGCUUGAAGUCCUUUGGAUGAGAAAUUGUACAGACUGAAACUGGAUUAAUUAGUAGCAUCAAGACUUUAAACUGUUGAGUACCUGAACCAAUGAUAUUCAUGUAGUGGUUGUUUUUUAUUAGCCUAUAGAGAGCAUCAGAAUAGUAUAAAACUGAAACAGACUUAUCUUCAAUGUGAAGGAACAUCCCUGUUACAGAUCACAGAAAAGCUGUUGGGAAGGUUCACUUGACUUGAAGCAUGAAGUGGUGGCCACAUUGAGGCCUUGUUGAGUACUGUCCUUUCUUUCUGGAUAUGCUUGUUUUCAUCUGGCUUGUCAAAGAGUGCCUCCAGUCUUAAUUAACAGCCAGUUACAUAAUAAAUGACCUGUAAGAUGAAUUAUUUUUUCUUCUUCCUCUUCAUCCCCCUCUCCCCACCCUUUUUUCUCAGAAGAAAACAGAAGAAUUCACUUGGUGCCAGUGUUUGUUACAAGGAAGGGGUGAUAUGCCCAAGCUUAUUUCUGUUUUUUAAAGUAGUGAUCAUACUUUUGCCCAGUGCAAUAGUUUUUAAAGCAGAUGCAGAAUGUUUUUACUGCUGUUUCUGAACAGGUGUGACAUUUUUAGCAGAACUUUCUCCCUGAGGUUCUAUAAACUGUUUGGAAUUAUAUUUUGGAUAAAAUCUUAAUAUUUUCAUAUCGAUUAGUUCAGAGACUUUUAAUGUAUUUAAUGUAUUUAAAGUAUGGUUACUAGAGAGGAUCUGCUGUUUGGAAAAAUGUGGUGCUUUAAUAGCAGGGUUAAACAAGUAUAAGCACCAUUAAUGGGAUCAUCCACACGCCCCACCCCAAAAACUGACAGUGAUUAAGAAACAAUGUGUUCUUACAGUCUAAUAAUAACUCAUUAAAAAAAAAUUAUAUUUGACCAUAGCACAGUUCAUAAAACUUUCCAAAGGGCUUUGAGUGAGGAAGAGAGAUGCUCCAUAGAAGUUCUGAAAUGUAGGCACUCAUUCUCACUCUUAUAGCCUUGGUCCGGUGAGCCCUGUCAUCUUUGGGGUAGUUCUGCUCGUAUUGGUGAAACUCCAAUGGAGGAAUUUGGCAGCAUGCAUCUGGGGAAGGCUUACCAUGAGUGAUGAAAGAUUCUAGCUGUAACAGCAUGGCUGUGGGGAGCUAAGAAGUUAUUUCAGGGUUCAUCCACGCUCGAGGCGCCAAGGGAACAGUGCAGUCUUACCAGAGUUUUUCUACAUAGUAUCCAGUAUUGAUGUUAAGCAUUUUAUUUAUUGUACUUUGAUUUCACAAUUUUAAAUAAACCAGAUUUCUAACUUUC